CCGAGUUUUGUCAUUGUAAAACGAUGGGAACGCUUGAGGUGGUCGAGGAGCCCCUGCCGCCCGAGUGGGAGGUGGCCAUGUCGCGCUCCAAGAACAUGCCGUAUUACUACAAUGCACAGACUAAGAAGGUCUACUGGGUGGACGACGAGCUGCCGCGCGGCUGGUCGCACCAGUUCGAUCGUGACGGCCGCCGCUUUUACUUCCACGUCAAAGACAAGAACAGCACCAUCUCGUACGACAAGCCCGUGUUGCGUCAAGCUUCUAGCAUUUCUCCGUCGCCCCCAGCGAUAUCAAAUGACAUUUCCUCCCCAGAGCUAAUUCCCGUCCCGGCCCCGUCCUACGAUGACGCGGAGUCGCCCAGAGCGCCAUCUCCUGGUGGUCACGCACGUUCGGGCGAGCCGCCGCGUCUCGUGAGGAAGAAAUCCAACUCACUAAUGGACUUACUGAGUCCCGGACCCCCCGCGCUAGGCGCGGAGCAGGCGCAAGAGGAGUCUCCGCGCGCGCCGAUGGCGCAACCUUCGAGAGCGAUGAACAUUUCCAACUUGGUAUCGAGUCCGGAGCGGCCACAGCAGAGUGAAGGAAGAGGGAGUAGCAACAAGAGAUCGUUCGACGCCAUGUCGAGAGGCCAUGAGGACGACAAGGAGAAAGAUCCGGACGCUGCCGCGGCGUUUUACAAUCAACUGCAGCGACGUGCGCAGAGUGACAGAGCGGAUAGUUUACUGUUUCACAUGCGCGCGCUCAACAACUGGGUGAAAUCGAUCUUGAUCAACGAAUUUUCGCGACGUGAGGGCGACCACGUGCUGGACUUGGCGUGUGGUAAAGGUGGAGACCUAAUGAAGUGGACCAAGAGGAAUCUGGCCCAAUAUGUCGGUGUAGACAUCGCUCAGAAAUCACUGGAGGAUGCCGUGGAGAGAUACACGUCGUUCUCGCGCAACGGAAGAGAUCGGGACAGGAAGAAGACCGAAGUGCAGUUCAUCCAGGGCGACUUAGGAGUUGUAGACUUGCUGCGCGACGAGAUGCACUGCUGGAGUGAGCACGAAGGCUGGCACGAUGCCGUACCGCUACCGACUACUGCAAUUGGCAACUUCAACAUCGUGUCGGUACAGUUUUCGUUCCACUACAUGUUUGGUGACGCCCAACGCGCCAACCGCUUCUUCUCCACAGUGCACGAACUACUCGCAGAUGGUGGCGUCUUAAUAGCGACGACAGUGGACCCAAACAAGCUGCUGAUGAAGUACUACCAGGGAUUGCGGCCACCCGAACAGGAGAAGGAGGACCAGGAAGCUAACAAGCCCGACGUGAGCAUCCUGGAUGAGAAAAAACGUGAGGUGUGCUGUAUUCGCUUCGACGCUGCAACACGCGCCCAGCUCUCAGGACCUGAUGCCGCUGCGGAAGGAUCCUUCGGCCUGCGGUAUAAUUUCACGCUUCGCGAUCGCGUGGAAGACGACGCUGAAGCUGGCGGUGGCCAGGCCGUGGACCUCCCAGAGUACUUAGUACCAGACGAUUUGUUGGCCAACCUCCUGCGCGAGCACGGCUUUGAGCUGUUGCUGAAACAGAAUUUUCAUCGCUUCAUCCAGCAGCGCAAAGACCAGGAUCGCAACCGCACUCUGCUGGAGAAGAUGCACGUGACCAACAUCCGUGGAUCCAUCUCCGAUGCCGAGUGGGAGAUUGCGGGUCUCUACCAGGUUCUAGCUUUCAAAAAGUCAUACUAAGCAUUCGUUUAACCUAAGUUUUUGGGUUUAAUGUGGUAACCAGGGGGUCUUCCUGGUAGCGCGAACUGGUUUAACUUUUGCAAUGCACCAAUUGCACAGAA